CCGUGUUUUCUUGCGUCUCGGGAUCUGUCGCAGUAUUCCCAUCUGUGAUAUUGUGUUUUCAUUCUGGCUGUGUGUUUUAUUGUCUUUUUCGAAUAGCAAUAAAAGAUUUUUGGUUACGCGUGUGUUUUCCGUCCACACUCUUGUGCAGCGUCGUCACUCGUCACCACGCUUUCACAAGCGUUAUUAUCGUUACUCGCAGACCAAGCUCGUCAGUAGCUCGCCAUGAACGCCACACCACGCUAUUUUCGCCGGCUGUACGCGGGUGACCGCGAGGUGAACCACGGGAACACGGUUCUGGUGCGUCGCGACAGCGGCCAGUGGUGGCUGGGAUACGUUCAAGAUAUCGACGGCGAUCAGUUCUUCGUCGACUUCGACUCCACCACCACCCGCGCCGAGUGGAUUCACGCCAGCCGUCUCUGGCCGCAUUUUCUUCUGAACGGGGCUGUUCCAGCGUGGAUUGGCUCCGCCGUUCAGGUGGCCCUGUCCACGGUGGAGGGAGGGCCCCUGGUAUUCCGUCGGGGCACCAUCACCGGCGAAAUGUGCCUCUUGUACUAUAUCGUCCGUCUGGAUGGGGAUGAGGGAAACAGUAUCGCAGUGCACCGGACCCAGUUCGUGGAGCGUCUGCCGGUGGUUGAACAGGAGUCGAGCCUGUUCGCCAAAUACAACGGGUUUAUGUACCGAAAGUAUGUCAUCAAUUGGGACGGGGCGUCAUUACUGCGUGACGUGACCAGCCUGCCCAGGUUCCUGCUGCGCACUUGUCGGAUCGCACCGGGCCAGGAUGAUCUGGUGUGUGAUGCCAGUUGUCAGGUGGAGCGGUUCGACGGAUGGGACGCCGUGAGUUACUACUGUGUCGGGACGCACGCGCACCUGAAUAUUAUGAAUGAAGUCGCGGUUGGUUGUCGUGUGUUUGUGCGAGCGGGGUCCGACACGCUGACAUUCAUUUGCGCAGAAAUGCGCGGGGAUGUGGCCGGGCGUAGUCUGUUCUGGAAUGAACAGUCUCUACGGGAAGCCUGCCAUCUUUAUUUUGUCGAGCAACAAGGGAAGCAAGGGGGCAUCAUUCCCGUCAUCCACGGCGUGGAUGGUUUACAGCUGCAGAAUGUGAAUUCCGAAGCUAUGCGCAUGACUGACCUUUUCCAUCCGGUCCUGGCGGAUAUUCUGCUUCAUUUGGACGUUACUACUCAGUUACGGACCAGCCGGGUGUGUUCGCUCUGGAGGGCUUUGCUGCGGGAAUUCGGAGCCCACCGGCACGUUAUCGUUGAAAUCCCGUGGUUUUCGGCAACGACAACCAGAAACGGAGAGCUCACCACAGAACACUGCUAUCUCGUCUACAAGCUCGCAACAAUCCUGGAGCAGACAGUCUCCCGGGAGACACGCACGCUGGCCCUUCUGGAUCAGCGGCAGAAUUAUGAUGAAUUCACGCAGCUCUUCGUGUGCUUCCCCUGGAAAAUGUCGGCUGUAAAAAAGAUACUACAAAGUAAAGGCAUUCGCUUGCAGCGCAUAAUCAGCAAAAAGGGCAUCGAUCCGCUCAUCAAGCCGGGAUCCGCGUUGCUGGGCCUGUACAAUCAGCAGAACGACAAUAAUUACGAAUGCCGUGCUUUGUCGGCGCUGACGACAGUGUGCGAGGAGAUCCUGCUAAUCGAUUACACCGCGUCCGAUCCGCGCUUCCUAAAACUCCUGGUGAUCUGCCUGUUUAAUCACACUGGCGCGCCGUGGCCGACGAACCUAACACACGAGGGUGACUCCAUCGGCCACUCGCAACCAAACGUCGCUAUCCCGUUUCUGCGCUGUUCUUCCACGGAGACGGCCGUUGAACGCCGCCGACGCUUUUUAGCCGUCGUCAACGACAACUGUGUGGCCGUUAAUGAGGAGGACUAUGCCAAAGUCACGGCACUGCAUGCUGGCUGGUUGCAGACGCUGGCUUAUCCGGAGGAGUGGACCGGCAUCCGCAUGUUUCUUCAACUGUUUUGCCCGUUUAGCACGACUGAUAGCGCAGUGUGCUGGGAUGCCGUGGACCUACGGGAACUUGACGUAUCGUCGCUGAAUCGGUUAGCAAUACACAUUCUCGUUGCAUGUUGCGAGGACUGAAGUCCAAGUCGUUUAUGCAACGCAGCGACGUUGGCAGAAGUGCCUCGGUCUGGGAAAUUACUGUCAUUUGCAGUUGUUCUUUGGUUGAUGAACAGAGUUUCAUGAGUUAAUAGUUGACUUGGGCGGCGUCCAUAGCAUAUCUGGUCCCUAGUUAUCCCAAUUAUUCUGAGCGUUUCUCAAGCUAUUUACUGUGCAUGGUACUAUCAUGUGUUUGCUGUCGACAGUGCUGUACUGUACACGGUUUGUUAACGGAUAGAAACCUUUAAGCCUGUCCACCGA